CUUCCCAUCAUGUCAGUAGAGGAAAUUGAUUUUAGUGAUAUAUACAAAAAGCAUCAAUUAGAAGACUUAAACCACUUAGACUCUAUCGUCGUGCUCGAUGGAAUGCCAGAGGUCGGCGAGGAUAAGAUGCCAAAGUUGUUCAAGGCUUUGAGGAAGACCUUCUCCGGUAAAGCACAAAUUGAAGUAGAGGAUGAUCAGUUUUAUAUGCCAAUGACUGAAGGAAAAGGUCAAGGUUAUAUCUUCUUAACACUCAAAAACUCACAAGAAGCUACAAACUUGAUAGCUAGAUUAGACAACGCACCAUUUGAUUCAAAGCACACUUUCUUGAUAAACAAGUUCUCAGAAAUUGACCAAUAUUUAAAUGCUUCAGAUCAAUUCGUCCAACCAACUAUUCAAGAAUACAAGCCAAAAGAUCACCUCCGUUCUUGGUUAUCAGAUAGCCAAGGUAGAGAUCAAUUCAUUACCUUCCAAAAUGAUCAAGUUAAUUUGAACUACCACAACCGCUCAGGUGCUCCACAGGUAGUUCAAACCAAGAACAACUGGACAAACAGCUACAUCACUUUCUCCCCAGAAGGUACCUAUAUUGCUACCUUACACCGUCAAGGUGUCAUGCUCCACGGUGGUCCUGCCUUGAAUGAAGUUUGCAGAUUUGCUCAUCCAAAUGUUAAAUUAGUUGACUUCUCACCAAAAGAAAACUACUUUGUCACCUGGUCAAAUGAGCCUAUAGUUUUACCACAACCUGGUUCUUCGACUGUUUGCCCAUUCAGUGAAGAUGAUCAAGGUAACUCAUUAGCUGUUUGGAACAUCAAGACUGGUGAUUUGCUGCGUACAUUCCCUACAACUCCAGGUAAAAUGCCUUGGCCACAUAUCAAGUGGUCUGGUGAUGAAAAAUACAUCGCAAGAUUAGUUCCAGGUCAACAAAUCUCUAUUUAUGGUGUACCUGAUAUGGGAUUAGUUGAUAAGAAGUCAUUGAAGAUACCAGGUGUUGUUGAUUUCGAUUGGUGUCCAUGGGGAGACAAGGACGCAAUCGCGUCAGCUAACAACAAGGGUACACGUGAAAAUAUGUUAGCAUAUUGGACACCUGAAGUUGAGAAUCAACCUGCAAGAGUAACACUCCUUUCAUUCCCAUCUAGACAAGUUUUAAGAUCGAAGAACUUAUUCAACGUUUCAAAUGCUAAAUUAAACUGGCACAACCAUGGUGAUUUCUUAUGUGUUCAAGUACAUCGUCAUACCAAGACAAAGAAGUCUAUGUUUUGUAAUUUGGAAAUAUUUAGAGUUCGUGAGAAGGAUUAUCCAGUUGAAGUCGUCGAACUCAAAGAUCUUGUUACAUUCUUCGCAUGGGAACCAAAAGGUGAAAGAUUCGCUAUAAUUACUCAACCAGAUACAACUGCAAAUCAACAAUUAGCACCUGGUGUUACACUCAAGACAGCUGCUAGCUUCUACCAACUUGAUAAAGCAAAGGGUGUAUUCAAAUUGUUGAAGACACUUGAAAAUAAAUCUGUCAACACUAUUCACUGGAGUCCAAGAGGUAGACAUCUCAUAUUGGCUACAAUUGGAUCACAAUCUAAAUUCGAUUUGGAAUUCUGGGACGCCGAUUACGCAGCUGAUGAAAAGAAGGAAGAAAUUCAACAAAUUGCUAAUGCAGAAUUCUACGGUAUUACAGAUAUCGAAUGGGAUCCAUCUGGUAGAUUCAUAGCAGCUUCAGCAUCAGUCUGGAGACAUCAACUUGAAAAUGGUUACGCCGUUUGGGAUAUCAAGGGACAAGAAUUGACGAAGGCUUCAGUUGAGAACUUCAAACAAUUCUUAUGGAGACCUAGACCAAAGACACUUUUACCAAAGGAUGAACAAAAGAAGAUUAGAAAGAAUCUCAGAGAAUACUCUCGUAUAUUCGAAGAUGAGGAUGCUGCUGAAGAGUCCAACGUUAGUGCAGAAUUAUUAACUCAACGUAAGAGACUUGUUGAUCAAUGGAAUGAAUGGCGUAAACGUUGCCGUGCAUCACUUGAACAAAUCCAAUCAGAGCAGAAAUCAUCCAACCAAGGUAAAGAUGACACAACUGUCGAAGAAUGGAUCGAUGAGGUGAGUGAAGACUGUUUCUACUGUUACUAUUAUACUAACAUAUAA